AUGAAGCUGCAGUCCCUCAAGUCGAAUCUCAAGAAGCGACGCUCGCAGGCUGGGUCCGCCGAGCUUUGUGCGGCCGGCGGUGAUGACCUGCUGGGCGGCGCCGACGCCGCACUGGAGUGCGGCUUCAGCUCCGACAGCGAUGCAGACUUCCCCAGCCGCCCCAAACGGCGCUCGGUAUCCGUUGACCUGUUCAGCGCGCCGCCCGAGCGGGGGCAUGCGCCAGCCGGCGCCGGUGCAGCCCCCAAUGAGGAGCCCCACGUCGGUGCAGGGGGCGGCAGCAGUGCGUCCCCCGACCUCCGCGGCGCAGCAACCCGCGCGCAGCGGCAGGCGUCCGGCGAGCGGCUGCGGGAGCGGCGGUCGUCGCUCGAGCAGUGGCACGAGGCGCGGCGGCAGAGGAACUCUAUGGAGUCUCAGGGCACGAUCUCCACUGACAAGCUGACGGUCUUCAAGGCUGCGGGGACGACCAUCCUCAACAACACGUACAUCACGAUCAAGCACCUCGGGUCAGGCACGUUUGGGCGCGUCAUGCUGUGCUUCAACGCCUAUGACCACCGGAUGUACGCCAUAAAGUUCUGCCGCAAGUCGCAGUUUGCGCAGACCGCGGGGCGCUGCGGUGGCGGCGCGCGGCGGCGGCGCGGCAGCGCCGGCAGCUACGGGCUGGUGUCGCCGGGGGGCGGCGGCGUCUCCGGGCCCAACGGGCUCGCCGGGCGCAGCGGAGGGGCGUUUGCGGGCGCGGGCGGCGGCGUUGGCGCGCACAGCUGCUGUCCGCUGCCGCCGCCGCCGCCGUGCCCGGCGAACUCGGCGGGGGCUGCGGCGUCCGCGUCACGCGAGGACGAGGCGGCACCGGCGGGCGCGGGCGGCCACCACCGGGACGCGCAGGCGCCGCAGCUCGUGCCGCUGCUGCCGCACCAGGUGAUGGGGAUGGGCGGCUUCGCACGCGCCGCCACGGGCGCGUCGCCGCAGCAGGGGGGGUCGCCAUGGGCCCUGCGGCAGCCGUCGCCGCAGCAGCCGCAGGCGCUUGCGAGGCAGCAGCAGGGCCACCCGCAGGCCAGCGACGCGCAUUCCGGCACGGCGCGCGUUGGGGCCGCGCACGACAGCGGCGCUUUUGGGAGCGCCUGUCCUUUCAGCGGGCUGGCAAGCCAGGGCGCCCUCAGCAUCAGCGCGCCGCAGCUGUCGCCCUCCGCGCCGCCGCCACCCCCGCCGCCGCCGCCGCCCCCGCCGCCGCCCCCGCCGCCGCCCGGCGCGGAGGAUGCGGCGAUGGCUGACGCGGGCGAUGGCAGCGGCCUCAGCAGCGGCGGCGGCGGGGGCGGCGGCAGCGGCGGCGGCGGCGGCCGCGCCUGCGUCGGCUCUCUGGACAGCACCGGCAGCCAGGCGGCCAGCCGGGGCCACGGGCCGACGAGCAGCGGCGUCAGCAGCGGCGCCAACGGCUUCGCUGUCGGCGCCUGCGGCGGCGCCGGCGGCUGUGGGGGCAGCGUGUUUCAGGAGGCGCUGUCGCGUUUCCAGACAGAGGAGCUUAUAAAGGAGAUCGCCAUCCUGAAGAAACUCAGCCACCCCAAUAUAGUCAACCUUGUGGAGGUGAUCGACGACCCCACGACCGACAGCCUCCUGCUGGUGAUGGAGUACGUGGAGGGCGGCACGCUGCAGCCGCAGGAGGCGGGGCAGGGGCAGGGGCGGUGGCGGCCGCUGCCGGAGGGGCUCGUGUGGAAGUACGUGAGGGAGGUGCUGCAGGGCCUGGAUUAUCUCCAUGCGAAUCACGUGGUCCACGGGGAUCUGAAGCCUGCGAAUCUGCUGCUGGAUUCCAACAGCCACCGCGUGAAGAUCGCGGACUUUGGCAGCAGCAUCAUCGCCGGCGGGGACCGCGCGUUCUCGCCGCGCGUGGGGGGCGCGGGGUUCAGCACGCCGGCGUUCAGGAGCCCGGAGAGCCUCACCAGCGGGUACCAGCCCAGCUUCGAGAUGGACAUGUGGGCUCUGGGCGUGUGCGUCUUCCUGUGGGUGUUUGGGGAGCUGCCCUUUACGGGCGCUGCGCCCUUCAUCAUAUACGACAAGAUCCGCAGCCAGGAGGUGCGCCUGCCCCAGCCGCGCGAGGCGCCCGCGUGCCCCGACCGCCCCGGCGCCAGCCCCGAGCUGCUGGACUUUGUUGGGCAGCUGCUGCAGAGGGACGUGCUGCGGCGGCCGGACGUGGCGGGGGCCAUGAGGGUUUCCACUUGA